UCGCCAAUUAUUCAUGCGGUGUGGCAACAACGGAAGCAAAGCAAAAAUACACGUCAUGGACUCAGUAAAAGGAAAGUUGAAGACACAAAUACAAACAGUUAUAGUGGAGCUCAAAGAUGCCAUUUACGGAAACCAUAACGGGACGGAAAACGAACGAUCGCAGAAAGUGUGUAAAACAGAAAUAUUUUCAAUUUUAGUUAGCUAAAGUAGCGAAACAUUCACAAGUAACAACAAAGACAACUUGGAAAUGGAUAAUGACACAGUACCAGCUGUUGGGCCCACAACUAGAAAGCGCAGCAGUUGUGUGCCCUACGAAAAGACACUCUGCAAUUUCGACACUGUAAGCACAAAGCAUAACAUGAACCAAGCAACCAUUGCCGCCAUACGCAACGAGGCGCUAUUGCAGCUACAGCAACACCAACAGCUGGCCCGCGCUUCCAUGCUUUAUGUUAGUUUUGUGAACCUUUGCAUAUUCAUAGCAGGCACUACUGUAGCUUUCAUACUCUACGAGUUCCUGCAUAUCAAUCCAUAUGGCGUGUUGCGACAGGCAAACAAACAAUUGCAACACCUGCCUGACAAUCAUUUCCUGCAAACGCGCGAUGAUUUCGCUGUUUACGCAGCACCAAGUACGGGAGCGCUGGACUUGGAUGCGCUUAAGGAUUUGUAUGUUAGUGCGAAAGAAGAGGAGAGUGGGCGUGCUUCAGCAACUAAUGUGAAAGAGGCACUUGACUCUUUGAAAUUGGCUACAGAAAUGCGCGCCUUGGGUAAAGGUGAGAAGGCGCAGCGUUUAUAUGAACACGCCUUCGCAUUGGCGCCAAAGCAUCCUGAAGUUUUGCUGCGCUACGGCGAAUAUCUGGAACAUAGUCAACGGGAUAUUGUGCUAGCGGAUCAAUAUUAUUUUCAAGCACUGAUGCUAAACCCCACUAACACAGAAGCGGUGGCUAAUCGUCAGCGCACCGCUGGCAUUGUACAAUCCAUUGACGAACGCAAGCUAGAGUUGCUUGACUUGAAGCGUGACGCACUUUCUGCAGUGCACGAAUCGAACGCGGCAUUGCGACGCGCGAAAAAAGAGGCUUAUUUUCAACAUAUCUAUCACUCGGUGGGCAUUGAGGGCAACACAAUGACUUUGGCGCAAACGCGCUCUAUUCUGGAGACGCGCAUGGCUAUCGACGGCAAAUCCAUUGAUGAGCACAACGAAAUUCUUGGUCUGGAUUUGGCUAUGAAGUACAUCAAUGCAAGUUUGGUUAACAAAAUUGAGAUAACCUUAAAGGAUAUAUUAGAAAUACAUAGAAGGGUGCUGGGUCAUGUGGAUCCCAUCGAGGGUGGCGAAUUUCGUCGUACGCAAGUGUAUGUAGGCGGUCAUGUGCCGCCCGGGCCUGGCGAUUUGGCAGUGCUCAUGCAGCAUUUCGAGCACUGGCUGAAUGCGGAGCAAACGGUUUCAUUGCAUCCAGUCAAACACGCAGCCUUGGCGCACUACAAACUGGUGCACAUACACCCCUUUAUCGACGGCAACGGGCGCACAUCGCGUCUACUCAUGAACGCUUUGCUGAUGCGCGCGGGCUAUCCGCCCAUUAUAAUACCAAAGCAGCAGCGCCACAAAUACUAUCAGUUUCUGCAAGUGGCAAACGAGGGCGACAUACGCCCCUUCGUGCGCUUCAUUGCCGAUUGCACAGAGAAGACGCUCGACUUGUACUUGUGGGCGACGAGCGAUCUACCACAGCAGAUACCGAUGUUGGCGCAAACCGAACACGAACUGGCCUAUGUGGAUAAGUUGGUGACACCGUCGGGUGAAACUGCGACGAACCGUGGAUCUACAGCGCCCAUAGCAGAUAAAUUCGAAUCAGGUUCCGGCGAAAUUCCUUAACAUUUCAUGAAGUUGUUGUUAUUACUGUAUGCCAUAGAUUUUAGCGGCCAAAGCAGGGUCGCGAAUGUAUUAAUUUAAGUGUAGGUUGCAUAUGCGGGGCAAUUAGUGUAAAUGAAAGAUAUUUCGUUUUAGGGUGUGAAAAUCUGUGUAAUUGUUUGUUGUUAGUACAUACAUAUUUAAUACUUAUGUAGUAGUAGAUAUGCAACACUUGACUGUGAUCUGUUAGAAGUGUGUGGGGUUUAUGAUAAAACUUGGCAUAUCGCUCCGCUAUGUGAGCCAAAGCUGCUGUGUACAUGAUAUUAUUAUUUUUUUUUUUUUGUGUAUGUGUUUAAACUACCAAAUUGUGAAGCAAAAAGCGUAUUUUAAAAUUUUUACUUGUGAUGGUGCUCCAAAAUUCCCGGCGGCGGUUUUGUGCGCGUAGACAAUUUAAAAGCAACAAUGCCAAAUAGCUACAUUUUCAAAACGUACGGUACUGCCAAAACGUAAACGAUAACCAAAAAGUAACAUGACUUUCAAUAACAAUUUACAACAAUGUAUGUAUAUAUUUUGUAUAUAAAAAUUUAAGCAUUAAAACAACAAAUCUGUUUGUAAGUAUGUAUGCCAACAACAAAGCGUAACUUUGUUGCAUACACAGUCAUAAGUCCUAAGUAAGGCUCGCUCUAUCAUAAAGCACAAAUUAUUUAUAAAUAUGUUUAUAUGUGUGACAUUUGUAAAAAAACAGACAACUAUUGAAAGCACAAACUGCUAGCUAUUGGUUACUUACAUAUGUAUAUUCUAAUGAUAUUUUCUAUACUCGUAUAUUGUGCAACGACAAAGAAUAAAAUUAUUGCAAUGGAAUAAAAAUGAUUGUAUCAAAA